UCCACAGCAUUUCCAAAAUUUGAAAUGUCUGCAGAAAAAGGCAAAGGGAUAGAAGUCAUAAACUACUGCAAUUGGAUGUCACAACUACCACCUGAACUUCACAACAUUCCUCUCUUCAAUCUGACCAUACCAGGAAGCCAUGACUCAAUGAGUUAUGAUUUGGACAUCAGCUCCUCUAUAGUAGAGCCUGAUCAUCUUAAAAGAUUCAGCAAGAUUUAUUGUGCACGUAAAAUUGUUCAGAAAUGGGCAGCUACUCAGGAAGAGACCAUCACAAAACAAUUGGAUGCAGGAGUUCGCUACUUUGACCUGAGGAUCGCUCGCAAGCCGAACGACACCAACCCCACUAGGCUUUACUUUUAUCAUGGGCUGUACACAGAGUCUGAUGUGGAGAGUGUCCUCAGGAGCAUUAAUGAGUGGGCAAAGAGGCACCCCAAAGAGAUCCUCAUCCUGGCUUUGUCCCAUUUCAAAGGAUUUGAUAUAAAGAUUGAAGAGCAGCUCCACAGCCAUCUUACCAGCUUCAUCAAGACCUUGUUUGGCACCAGAAUCAUCCAUAAACAUCCCUUCCCCACCCUGAAGAGUUGCUGGGACCAGGGCAGGAACAUCAUUGUUUCAUAUGAUUAUCCAGCAAAACAGCAGCCUGAGCUAUGGAGUAAAAUAUCAUAUUUCUACGGCAACAGUAUGGAGCCUGCAAAAGUUGAAUCAGAACUCUGUCGAGUUUUGGAAAAAGCAAGGCCCUCUCAGAGAUUGUUUGUAUGCGGCUUGAACCUGACACUUCCAGAAAACACCAGGAUACUCAAGUACAUCCUUCGUCUCUGUGACAACUUUGCCAACGUCAUACAGAGGAGUCUCCCAAAGCUGCUGCGAUGGGUGAAACAGCAAGCAGCCCUAACACCUAUGAAUAUUGUCGCCUCGGACUUGGUGACUCGAGAUAACUUUGUCUCGACGGUUGUCCAGCUCAACAAAAUAAGUGUAAAAUAAGUGAAUUCAUGGUGGAGAGCCAAAUUUUCGUUUUUCGAUCAUCUUUUCCUUUACAA